UCCACUCCCCACGCAUUGUGGACGCAUGACAAUUGACAAAAUUGUCCCAGGCCUCGAGAAUAAAACUGAUCAUUCCGCGCGAUACGGAAUCGUAAAGACCGCGUGCGCGCCAGCGACAGCCUCCGUGGACGGCUCACGCUCUCGCCCCACGUGACCGCCGGAACGAAAUUCCCCUAGACGCGCCGCGCAGUGUUUUCAAUCGCCGCAAUUACCACGGAAUGUGGUAGCCCGGCUGCUCGGAGCCUCUGCCAGACGGAGGGGGUGGGAAUAAUAAAACGUUAGGCGUGUCGGCGUCCGUCUUUUUUACGCGACGCGACCGCGGCGCCGAGAGUCGCGCGUUCCCGCUCCAGGUAUCGUUGUCCAGCUUCUUUCCCCCCCUCCCUUCUUUACCCCCUGGCUGCGGGUGCGGGGUCGUCUCGAGCGGAGUCGGCGGAAUGUCGAGGGUGCACGUGACCGGGACGCCGCGACGCCGCCGCGGCGAGAGCGCCUGGACCGUGGACGCGCGGCGAUAGCGUAACCUACGACGAGACGAAGCGGCCGGGUGGACUCCGGGGAGGCGUGCGAGGACCGGCUGCGCGUCACCGAUACAUGUGUCCGCCGUUCGUUCGCGCGCGAGGGUGGGUAUGCUCUUAUGGGGUAGCGAGCGGGCGGUAGCCUUUGUCGUGGAAUGGAGACGGAGAGCGUGAAGUCCGGGGCUAGCGAGCAUAGCCAUAGCCACCACAGCAGGAGCUCCCAGAAGCAUCACCGCUCCCACAGCUCGAAGCAGCAUCACAGGCAGCACUCUCACCGCACCGCUAGGAACAAUCGAAGUCAGAAGAAGGAGAGGCAGAACUUGGACACCAGCGAAAUGGCUCCGUUUCAAACGACGGUGAACGUGCGGGGUGACAGCGUGGAUAACUUGGGCCAGGAGGUGAUCGAGGUGCAGAUACUGCCGCAGGAUGAGAAUUGGGGCGAGAACACCACGGCCGUCACCGGCAACACCUCGGACAGGUCGGAGUCGACCGAGGACGUUAGCCACUGGCCGAACGAGACCGACGGCACGUUCGGCUCCGGCUGCAACCGCUACGUCGGCCCGAUCGUCGCGAUGAUACUCGGGAUAUGCGCCUUCCUCAGCCCUAUAGCCAUGGUUAUUCUGCCGAAACUGGGAUUCUUUCCCGACUCGACGACGGUACUGACGAUGCAGCAGAAAUUGCACAUGCUGUCGUGCAACGCCGAGUGCAAGGGCGAGCUGCUGGGCCUGGCCUUCAAACUGGUGCUACUGGUCAUCGGUAGCUGGGCGGUGUUCCUGCGCCCGCGCGCCGCUACCAUGCCGCGCAUAUUUUUAUUCAAGGCGGGAGUGUUGCUGCUCACCACACUGUGCAUUUGUACUUAUUGGCUUUUCUACGUUGUACAGGUCACCGAGAGUGCUAAGACUGUUGCCAAUGGCGAAAUAACAGAGUACAAAAGUUUAGUAAAUUACGCAGGUACCCUUGCCAAUACGCUCCUGUUUAUACACUACACCGCAGUGCUCCUUAUCGAAGUUCGUCAUCUGCAGCCUACGUUUUAUCUUAAGGUCGUUAGGUCGCCAGACGGUGAAUCGAGAUCUUACGCGAUCGGCCAGUUAUCGAUACAGAGAGCAGCCGUAUGGGUUCUAGAAAGAUACUACACCGAGUUUCCGAUUUACAAUCCGUACUUGGAAAGGUUGCCGGUCUCCAAGUCCGGUAGGAAGCAGUCGAGCUUCAAGUUCUACGAGGUCGACGGCGGGGUGACCGGCGGUAUGCAGUCGCGCGGCGGCAGCGGCGACCGUGCGGUCCUGGCGGCGCAGGCGCGUCGCCGCGACUCGAGUCACAACGAGCGCUUCUACGAGGAGCACGACUACGAGCGACGAGUGCGGAAGCGCCGCGCGAGACUCAUCACCGCCGCCGAGGAGGCGUUCGCGCAUAUCAAACGUUUGCAUUCCGAGGUAGACUCCACGCCGAACCCCGGGCCGAUGGAUCCCAUGGAGGCCGCGCAGGCGGUCUUCCCCUCCAUGGCGAGAGCUUUGCAGAAGUACUUGAGAAUCACUCGGCAACAGCCGCGUCAUUCGGUAGAAUCUAUUUUGAACCGUCUCGCUCGGUGUUUGGCACAAGAUGCGGCGCCGCGCGCCUUCUUGGAGCCGUUCUUCGCUACGAGCCCGGUGCUGUCCAACGAGAAGGAGCGGCAAAAGCGAUCGCAUCACUGGGCCUUGGUGUGCGAAGGGGAGCUACCCUCUCGCCCGAUCGCGAACGGUUGUGAGUUUCAGUUGAGACAGGGCGAAGUGGCGCUCUUGUGUACGGCGCAUAGAUUACCGCACUUCAAUCUCACCGAACAAUUGGCACAUCCCAAGUCCAACAAAUUUCUUCUGCGAUUGAACUCGGAAACUUCCGUUUAAGGUACUUGAUGAGGUUCCGUGAUAGAAUCCAGAUUUUUAUCCUCAUGUUUAUGAAAUUGAACGCAACUUCCAGAUACCCCAAAGGUAUGCUUGAACUGAAUUUUAGCGCAAAUGAUGUUUUAAUCGAGAUUACGUUUAAUGUAAAGUCUUUCCUGUGACGAGAGUACCGUUAGAGACUUUAUUUUACGCUGGAAACUUGAUGUGAUAGCUAUGAGAUCUUGCCUCGCGCGGAAAACCAUUUUUAAACCAUUAUUUCGAUUGAAUCUUAUUUGCGCAAAAAAUUCUUCGAAAGUUUCACAAGGCGCUAAGUCUUUUUAGAAUAUUAUCUAAAACUUCUGUUCUACAACGGAAACGUGCACUGUUGUACAACAGUGUAAUAGUAUUUAGACAACAAGAUAGACUGAGAGAAGCACAGCAGUUAGGAGAAUAACUCGCCAUUGCUUUCUUGAAAACGUUCAUGACAUUAUUUUCUCUUUUUGAGGAAGAGCCACAAUGACAUUAAUAAGCGAUCCGUACUUCUGAACAUACCUUCAAGUAAUUAUUACAGAGUAAUAAUUAGUUUGUGUAGCAUAAAAUGCUCGGUUUUUUUUUCUUAAUCCUUAAAACAUGCGUACGCACGUACAUAUAUUUAUUUAUUUCGUCCUAUUGCAUAUCAUGAUUUGUAUAUAUGUACACCUUAAAUAUAUCUAACUGGAUUUUUAAUGUGUGUAUAUAUACACACAUACUUAUUUUGAGGCAAAAUGUAGGCUAAUUUUAGAACGGUGGUUCGCGCCUGAUGGUCAACCAUACGAUAAGUGUCGGGUCCAUUGGGAUUCUUAAUAUAAUUUCAUCACGUAUUCCUUACGUAUUUUACAUUUUUACGUAUUCCUCAAUAAGUAUAUGGGUUAAACGUUUUCUCCCUUAUUACGUAUAUACAUUUUUUUCCUCAAAAAUAAUAUUCGUAUAUUAUGAUUUGAGCGAAAACAAAGCAUAAAUUAAAUAAGCGACAUUUAUUCUGUAGAUCAAGAACGGACAGUAUUUUUUAUCUACUGCAUUGCAAGUGUAUUUUUUAGACAUUUCUGACAUAGUUUGACGAUUCCGAACAAAUCCGACAGCUUAUGGAGGAGGGUUUGAACACGAACGAGUAAAUACUCGUAUUGAUAUUUACAUUAAUACGCAUUCCUAAGUUUGUAAACCGUAUUUGUAGUAUCGUAUUUACACGAGGGAGAUAUGCUUUAAAUAUAUACAAUUUCAUACGUAUGUGUUCAUACGCAUAUGCGCACAUAUAGCAGCACACACGCGAUUCAUAUAUUUCAUUGUUAAGGGAAAGAUAUGAAACUCUCAUAUCUUGGUAUCCUGUGUUUUCUGCAAUGUAACGGUACGCACAGUAAAUAUACUCGAUAUUUAUAUAGCCCCUUUUGUACUUUAACGGUUUUGAUAUUAUUUUUACUCUGAUAUAGCGUUUAUUAAGUACACACGAAUGGUGAAUGACGAUAGAUGAUAGAAAAUUUCAAUACAAUCCUCUGUUAAGUUUGUCCUCCUCAAUUUUCAUUAUACUUGACCUACUUAAUUUCUGCGUUGUGAUUAGAUAAGAAUUAUGCUUUAUUGAUAACUUAUAUAUCUGUAUACAUGCUGCAUGCGAUUAAAUUACCUUUUUCUUUAUUUACUCUUAAAUGUUUGUUAGUAAUACAGAAAAAAGCAUCGUGGGUGCUGUACAGAUGAAAUUUGGAAACAAUUUUCUACUAGUCAACGUUUCUUUACCGGACUGUUUAAUUGCAAUUUUCCGUCUUCCUACAAAAUCUGUAGUCACAGUAAUGAUUAUGCGAAACAAACAUUUACGAGUAAACUGAAAUUAAUUUUAAACACGAGUGGUUAAAUAUGGAUUAUAUUAUACGUAAUCGUAUAGUUUAAUAAUUAAAUCUCAUUAAUUACAUAUCUCUUUGCGCAAAUCUCCAGGUGGAUUUAAGCGCAUUCUUCCAUAUUAUUUGAGAACAAGACACAAAUUUACGUAUCUUGGAAUUUGUAUAUAGCAAACAAAAUUCUAUGAUUGGAUAUUAUAUGUAUAUAUUCGUACAAAUCUCUUAUCUUUGGAUAAACAUUGAAUACGCUAGCUUAAAUUACAAGCCCAAUAUGAGAGACGCGAGAUUUUUAUAUCGAAAUAAUUAAUAUUGUUGAAUUUCUUUAUCGCAUUCCGAGAUUAUAUGUCUUCAGCGUCGUAAUGAGAUUAAUGAAAGAUGUAAAAGCGUAAGUUUCCUAGGAGGACAUGAGCUUUCCAAGAAAGCAUUACAGUUUGUAAUAAGCACACGUAUCUUUAUGCUUGUAUAAUUUUUCGUUGUACGCUUCGCUACAUUUGCAAAUUAUAUAAAAUAAAAGUAAAUAGCAACACCUGGAAUUUUUUAGGUUGCGUUAGUUCGAAGAGACUUAAGAAAUAUUGAGAUUGAGGAGACCGAGAGCAACUUCUUUGUAACGUGAAAUUAUUAUCAGUACUCGUAUGUAUUUUUUCCACCGAGCUUUUGCUAAGGAUGUCUUUUUAUGUUAUUUAUGUGUGCUCGUGAUGACUGUGUACUAUUUGAAAGAUGAAAUAUACAUUUGAUGUAUAAAAA